AUGAGUAAUAUGAGCUCCACUUAACACAGUUUCACAUAAAUACCAUCACGUCCGUCAAUCUCGACUUCUUUCUCCUACUAAACUCUCCACCUAUCUUUAUCUUUAUGUGGCUGUUCGAUAAUUCAACUUUAAAGAUUAAACAUUUUAAACAUAAAGAUUAUAUUGUCGUUGGAUUCUCGGGUAAAGGCUCGGUUCAAACUCAAAAGUCUUCUGGGUUUCCGUGCUUUUAAGUUUUUUCUUCAGGCUUGAAUAUUUAUAUAUAUAUAUAACACUCUAUUUAAUAUAUAUUCUGGUGGGAUGUCAAACAUGGAAAUUCAGUGUUGACUAAACUAUUGUGGUCUAGCCAAAAAAGAGGUGAGAACGUGGCAAAGUUUGCAGCAGCUGGUUCCUUGAACCUGGACAGGAUUUGGGUUGUUACCUGUAUUCUUGUUAUUUAACGAAAACAUUAAAGAAAUAUGAGGACCGUCGAGGGUGGGGAAGCUAGAAGAAAAGGUGUUGUGAGAGAGAAAGUAAUAUUUGAAAAGCAAAGACUUUUUUGGGUUGUGGGGUUUCAGUCUUAUGAUCCACUAUCAAUGGCUUUGGUGAGAAGCAUAUGAAGGAAGGAGGGGAAAACACAAAGAGAUUGACUGAUCGAAAAUUGAAAGUUGCCAUUGAAUUAGUGGUCCUAAUUUUCCAUGGAUCCUUCAACCAGAGAGGUUGAAACAAAAGAGAUUGAUAUUAAAAGUGUGUCAUCUUCUCAAGGUCACUCUCAACGGUACCCACAGAAUGAGCCUUACAUGCACAAGGUGGGGAUUCCCCCCAAGCAAAAUCUAUUCAAGGAAUUCAAAACAACUGUUAAAGAAACCUUCUUAGCUGAUGAUCCGCUGCGUCACUUCAAGAAUCAAACAAGGUCCCGUAAGUUCAUCCUUGGCAUCCAGGCCAUCUUCCCCAUUCUUGAAUGGGGCAAAGAUUAUAAUUUUACUAAAUUUAGAGGGGAUUUAAUCGCUGGUCUGACGAUUGCAAGUCUCUGCAUUCCUCAGGAUAUUGGGUAUGCCAAGCUAGCGAACUUAGAUCCACAAUAUGGGCUGUACUCCAGUUUUGUUCCACCUUUGGUUUAUGCAUUUAUGGGAAGUUCAAGAGAUAUAGCCAUAGGACCAGUAGCAGUGGUGUCUCUCUUGUUGGGGACUCUGCUACAGAAUGAAAUUGAUUACAAAACAAAUAUGGUGGAGUACCGGCGUCUUGCUUUCACUGCCACCUUUUUCGCGGGGAUUACGCAAGCAGCCCUUGGAAUUUUCAGGUUGGGUUUCCUAAUUGACUUCCUAUCCCAUGCUGCCGUUGUGGGUUUUAUGGCUGGAGCUGCCAUAACCAUUACCCUCCAACAGCUUAAGGGUUUUCUGGGCAUCAGCAACUUCACAAAGAAAUCAGAUAUUGUAUCCGUGAUGAACUCAGUGGUCAAGUCAGCCCACCAUGGAUGGAACUGGCAGACCAUCGUCAUUGGAGCAAGCUUUCUAGGUUUCCUACUUUUUGCGAAGUACAUUGGAAAGAAGAACAAGAAAUUUUUCUGGGUGCCAGCAAUUGCCCCAUUAAUCUCUGUUGUUCUGUCAACAUUUUUUGUUUAUAUAACCCGUGCAGAUAAGGAAGGUGUUCAAAUAGUAAAACAUAUAGAGAAAGGAAUCAACCCCUCAUCUGUGAAUCAAAUAUAUUUCAGGGGUGAUUAUCUCCUAAAAGGUGUCAAAAUUGGUGUGGUGGCCGGCAUGGUAGCAUUGACGGAAGCUGCAGCAAUCGGAAGAACAUUUGCUUCCAUGAAGGACUAUCAACUGGAUGGGAACAAAGAAAUGGUAGCACUAGGAGCAAUGAACAUUGUAGGUUCAAUGACUUCCUGCUAUGUAGCCACAGGUUCAUUUUCUCGAUCAGCAGUGAACUACAUGGCAGGCUGCCAAACUGCAGUCUCCAACAUUGUCAUGUCUUGUGUUGUAUUUCUAACCUUAGAGUUCAUAACGCCUCUUUUUAAGUAUACUCCAAAUGCAAUUCUUGCGGCCAUCAUUAUAUCAGCUGUGCUUGGCCUAAUUGACAUUGAGGCGGCAUGUUUGAUAUGGAAGAUAGAUAAAUUUGAUUUUGUUGCUUGCAUGGGAGCCUUCUUUGGAGUAGUUUUUGUCUCUGUUGAGAUAGGCCUUCUAAUUGCGGUCUCUAUAUCCUUUGCUAAAAUCCUCUUGCAAGUAACCAGGCCCCGGACAGCACUUCUGGGAAAGGUUCCUAGGACUACUGUGUAUAGAAACAUCCAACAAUAUCCAAAUGCAGCUAAAGUUCCUGGUGUCUUGAUCGUGAGAGUUGAUUCUGCAAUUUACUUUUCCAAUUCUAAUUAUAUUAGGGAGAGGAUAUUGAGAUGGUUGACGGAUGAAGAAGAACAGAAUAAAGCAGUCAAUGAACAAAAAGUCGAAUAUUUGAUAGUUGAGAUGUCGCCUGUAACUGACAUAGACACCAGUGGUAUCCAUGCCUUGGAAGAUUUACACAAAAGUCUAGAAAAGAGAGGCGUUCAGCUAGUAUUGGCAAACCCCGGUCCAGUGGUGAUUGACAAGCUUCACGCAUCCCACUUUGCAAACAUUAUCGGCGAGGAUAAAAUCUUCCUCACAGUUGCAGACGCUGUUUCAUCCUGCUCUCCAAAACCAGUGGAAGAGGUUUGACGAAAAGAAACUGAAAUAACUUCAGUGUUGUUUUCGGAG